AUGCAUAUUCGCGGAUCUUCCAUUUACUUCGCCGUUGUUGGUCUUUCAUCCACAACUGCCGUUCUUGCCGCCGUACAACCCUACGGUCAAUGCGGUGGUUCGACGCACACAGGCGAGACAACUUGCGCUAAUGGCUGGACCUGUACCAAGUACAACGAUUACUACAGUCAAUGUGUUGCUGGCCAGGAAGCCGGAAAUCCUUCUACAUCGACUGUUGGCAAUACUACCCUCGCUAAUGAGCCCACCCCGGUACCAGAACCACCGAUCAAUGGGACCAGUGUUCUUAUUGAACCCUCUGCUGCUCCUCCAACUUCUGGAAAUGCGUCUGUACCCUUUAUUAAUUCGACGACACUCGCUACGGCUGUGGCGACCACCUCUACUGCUGUGAUUUCGUCACCGGUCGCCAGCGUGGCGCCGAUUUCCAGCUCCAUUCCCAACAAUGGAAGUGGUGGAACAGACUGUUCUCUUGAUGCUUUGUUCAAGGCACAUGGCAAGAAGUAUAUGGGUGUGGCCACCGACCGUGGGGUCCUUGCCAAGGGAGACACUAAACAGAUUGUCAUAGACAACUUUGGCCAGGUCACGCCUGAGAAUAGCAUGAAGUGGGAUGCUACAGAAAAUGUGCAAAACACAUUCACCCUAUCUGGUGCCGACGCUCUCGUGUCCUUUGCCACAACAAACUCUAAGCUGAUUCGUGGCCACACUACAGUCUGGCACUCUCAACUCCCGAACUGGGUGUCCUCCAUUUCCGAUAAGACGACCCUGCAAGAAGUAAUGGUGUCUCACAUACAGAAGCUCAUGGGUCAAUACAAGGGCAAAGUCUACGCCUGGGACGUCGUGAAUGAGAUUUUCAACGAAGAUGGCUCUUUUCGUAGCUCGGUUUUCUACAAUGUUCUGGGAGAGGACUUCGUCGCCCUCGCCUUCAACACGGCCCGUGCCGCCGAUCCAAACGCAAAGCUCUACAUCAACGACUACAACCUAGAUUCCCCAUCUUACGCAAAGACAAAAGCUAUGGCGCGCAAAGUGAAGGAAUGGGUUGCAGCAGGCGUCCCCAUUGACGGUAUUGGCUCCCAGGCUCAUCUUGCCAAUAGUUGGCCAAUUGCAGAUUUUCCCGCCGCAUUACAGAGUCUGUGCCAAGUAGUGGAUGAAUGCGCGAUUACCGAGCUAGACAUCAAGGGUGCUGCAGCUAGUGAUUAUCAGACCGCUGUGACUGCGUGUCUGGACGUGGAAAAUUGUGUGGGCGUUACGGUUUGGGGAGUUGCUGAUCCGGACUCGUGGAGGGCGAAAGAUACACCGUUGUUGUUUGAUGGUAGUUACAAAGCGAAGGCGGCGUACACUGGGCUUUGCGAUGCUCUUAAAUAG